UUCUUCAGCAUUUUCAUUUUCAAUCUCUCUCUCUCUCUCUCUCUGAGCUUUGAAGCUUCAGCGCAAAAAUGGCGUUCUCACUCCCACAACACAGUGGACGCGCUUUCUCACACUCGUCGCGCUUACCACAUCGAACUCGGGGCUCGCGAGAAAGCCCUCUUGGCAGAGGACCCGGCUCUGAAGUGCUUCAAAUCCCAUAAGAAGAGUGUGAAUGCAGUUAAAAGAAUGGGAGAUGUUCUCACUCUUGUUGUCGUUGCAGUGAUGAAGCCCAUGGUGUCUUUGAAGCAUUUCAUAGGCUUCUUGCCUUCCUUGUCUCGUAUCUUGGUGUCCACUUUCAAGUUUUGGGUGUCUCUCCACUUGAAACACAUUUUACUUUAGUCUUGCUUUUCAUCAUGGCUACAGUCGUCUUUAGCAUUGCAUAUGUGGAGAUAAAACUGCAACCUCAAGACACUGACCUUCCAAUAUUCAGGUCCAUUUGUCUGGUUUCUGGAAUUAUUGCCAUUGAGCUACUUGUUGCCAUAAUCAUUUCUCCCUUUUGGCUAUUCAUGGUUAAUUUUUGUCCAAUCUUUCUCGUGGGGGUACUGAGUCAUUCAUACCGACAUAUUUCUGAGUGUCUUUACAACACAGUUCAUAAGAUUUAUGAAUUAGGUUGUAAGACAUAUGACUGGCUCCUACAGAAAUUCCAAUAUGCAGCUUCUCAAGCAUUUUCUUUAAGGGAACAAGAAGGCAACGGUAUACAAAGGGAAGAGAUUGUUUAAGUGACCUGUUAUUGUUAAUUAGACCUGAAGUAGGUAAAAAUUUUCAAUAAUGCAAUUUUCUGUUUGUGGAA